CUUCAAUAUCAAUGUUCUUGAUAUUUUUGAAAAAUCCUCGCUGCAUCAUUCUGCGCUGCUGCGAGCAGUCGAGGCUUUCUAAUCUAGUGAUCACUUUUUCUAUGGAGAUGGCAAAAGAAGCUAGUAUUAAACUACUACGUCUUCGUCACUUCUGGUAAGACAAGUAGAUUUGACUACAUAAGUAUUUCAACUAGAAGACCCACACUUACACAUGAGCGUUUUUUAGAGUGUGACUAGACUUUACGCUUCAUAGACAUAUCGUCCGAUAGUUGACAUAGGGGGUAUUUCAACUUCAUCAACUAGAACAGCCACGUCGUCGACGCCUGCACCGAUAAAUACGAAUUAGUAGAAUUAUGGCUCGUCUCGUUUCCGCUGCUGAUGUACGUUCCUCGUGGGCUGCUGAUUUGCGAUCAUCGCGGACGACGACGUCAAAGACACGAGAUGUAGACAAGCGCUACGAGGCGAGUGAGAAGACAUCACGCGCUUCAUUGCUACUAGUACCUGGACUGCCUGCGCCAGGCUACUCGGGUAUCCCACGUCGGCGCACCACUGCUGACAGUGCGAGUGAAGAGAAUAGCAGUGUGGACGACGGUUUUGCGGAAGUGGACCGUGAUUUUCGCGCUCCUCCACAGCCGUCGAAGGUCGUGCUGACGAGAGCAGCACCUCCAAACCAACGAGAGCGAGACGACGAGGUCGGAGAAGAGGAAGAACAGGAAGGAUCUGCGAAAAGCUCGUCAUCUGGAGCAGCAGUAGAACUCGGUGCAGGAGUGUCUCGUCGACACAAUCAAGAUAGAGGACCUGCGACUGUGAAUGAAGAAAAGGAUUAUGAUGAUAGUCCUCGGACAAGGAACGAAAACGAUGGUGCGCAUCGCCGAGCGCGACGAAUCCAGCACAACAGGGAAAGAGGGCACUGUGAAGGUCAGGCUUCCAGUAGCGAAGACGAUGGCAAUAGAAAAGCCAGCGUUGCGUCAUCAAGUGGUGGACAUCCAGAAGAAAUCGAAAGCGACGACGAGGUUGACGAACAAGCAAUCCGGCCUAGUGCGAGAACGCGGAAUGAGAAGGCCCCCAAGAUACAAAGCGCGUCGAGAAAACAAGUGCGGCACCGACGACAUAGCAUCGACAGCGUCGACAGUGUUGCAAGCGCCGUCAGUUCUCCCGCGAACGAAAAUGAAGAAGCCUCGGGUAGCGGCGAAGAAAAAAACGCUAGGAGCGACGCUUCCGCAGUUUCCGUAGCAUCAAUUGGUGAGAAUUCAUCUGGCGAAGAGGAAGAGCAACGCCCGGCGCAGCGAAUUGGUGAAAAACAAAAUCGCUCCCAGAUGAGAGCAAGAGGUGAGAACACAGCUACAAAAAGUUCGAGCCGACAAAAGACAGACGCGAGAGCCAGAAACUACAAGCAGCCAGAGCUAUUGCGGCGCCAGCAGCGUCAGGAGAACUGGCAUGAUCGAAGAAUGCCCGCGAGGUUCGUUGCCGCUGAGUCCUCUGACGAGGAGUCUGUGCCGUCUCUAGGAGCAGGACGCAGCGAGGCGGCUGCGGACCGAGAAAGAGACGGCACUACUGCAAGGCGCGACAGCAGAAGAUCACACCGCCGUGUCUUGAAUUCUAGAAAUGAUCGUGAUCAUCAUCACUUUAAUAGAAAUUCCAAGCCGAUUCCAGGACAAAGAGUUGUAAGAGAUGAUGAUCCUCGCUUUCCGAGUGGACGGGGCUUCAACUUCGAUAGGUCGUCCCGACAACGAGGUCGUGAUGGGCGCGGCGAUGGUGCUGGUCUUCACAGACGAAUGGACCAAGAGAGUCGUAAAUUUGAGCUAGAGGAUGCUGUGGGAGAUGAUCAUGCGAAGGACUCUCCUGAGAAAGAUAAAGGGAAUGCAGAUGUUGAAGCUAAAGACGCUGCGAACCGUCGAGACGAAAGCAGAGCUAGAGACGCGAACGAUAAAGGAGAAGGCAAAGAGCGAAAGAAGAAGAUCUCGACUCCUCCCAAGAUUUCGGAUAGUGUGAAAUCUUCCGCAGACGAAGAGAAGAGCGACGAAAAUGAAGCACCGGAAAACGCUGGGAUGGAAGCGGGCUCAAACAACGUGGACGUCGGUGCAGAAGUCCCUGACGAGAAAUCUCCGCGUCGAUCAUCUCAAGCGGAAGCCGCGGAGGAGUCUGGCGACGAGCAGGCGGAUCCCACGAGCAAAGCGGAGCCGAUUCAUGAGAGUGAUGACGAUCGUGUCGAUUCCCGCUGCCCCCGGUCUAGCGAGAAAACCACACAGAAGAAGGAAGAAGCUGACGGCAAGAACGUGGGGACAGCGCGUCGCAGGUCUACGCCGCGCGAGGCUUCCAGCUCACGAGCGAGAGACACGAAGAGUAGAAGGGACGAUGAGGAAAAGGAAAAAUUACCUUCAGGGUCUCGUGCUGCCAGAAGAAAAAGAGACCCUAGUCAGAACCGAAGCAGAAGCAGAGCUGCGAGCCCUCGACGAGGUGUCGGACGCGGACAGAACGACAAGAGAGCAGACUCACGUACUUCCAGGGUCAAGGGUGGCCAUUCUCAAAGCAACGGGCAGCGCGAGAAACGCGAUCUCAGUCGGCGCCGCCGCGAUGGUGCGCGAGCUCAGAAAGACGAAUCUGGGGCAGCCGAUCGAAGUAGAGGCCGCAACAAGAAGACAUCAAGGCCGCGGGAGCAAGACAGGCAUAGUGCAUCGAGAAAUGCAAAGCGCAAUAAACGGUCUCCAUCCAACGGCGCAAGACGUGAGAAGCGAUCCUUUCCACGAGGACACCGCCGAGGCAAGCGCUCACCGUCACAUCAGAGGAAGCGGUCCCCAUCACGCGAACGUAAGGUGGAGCGGUCGCUGUCUCCACGACUGGAUGAGAAGAAGCGAUCCGUAUCGAAACGUCGCGACUUUGAUAGGCGUUCUUCUUCUUCGUCACGACCACGAGGAGCACAAAAAGACAAGCGAUCAGCGUCACAUCGACGGAACAAAAGGCCAUCGUCGGUUAAGAGAGACACUGCAGGAGGUUCUCGCUUUCGUACGCGACGGGGCAGGAGAAGCGAUAUCGAAAAGAAAGCUGGUAAAGAGGCAGAGAGCGAUGCUAAAGUGAAGACUGAUGAAGAACGCAAAAGAGCAGAUGAUGAUGAUGAUCCCUCUCUUCAUCUUGGAGAAGGAGACUCCGCCAGAAUGAAUCUCGUGGAUCGCAAUGCUUCCGGCGAGCCGAACAUUGAGGAGUCGAACAACAAGAUGAGCAGCUUAUUUGUGAUGGACUUCAGCAACGCCAAGCCUUACAAAUACAAUCCUGGAAACAUGAAUCUCGUCACAGAGGGUGGUAAUCCAUCUGUCACGGCUCGAUCGAGCCCGGCUUUAUUGGGCACAGACAAAGCGGAGAAUCUUCACGAAGUAGCAAGUGCUGCUAAUGGUGAAGUGCCUGCCUCGUCUGCUGCUCGGCCUACAAGGGCUACCGCGACUCCUGGAGGCCAGGACGCUGAGCACAAUGCUGAGGACUCUGCAGUACCGCUGUCUCGUCUAAAAAGAUUGGCGCAGCGCUCAGUGUCCCCCGAUCGGCGCAGCGACGCGAAGUCACGCGGCAGAGCAGAAAAGUCAGAGGGCCGCAGUCCGAGCCGAACUAAACAAAAGAUAAAAGCUAGCUCACGGGCUGGCCCUUCUUUGGGUCGAAAUCGCCAUUCUCGUGAUUCACGACGAGGACAUAGACUGCGUCGCAAACGAUCAGACGAGCGAAAAAGUACAACUAGAGACAGAAGAGAUGACAGAGGUCGUAGAAGGAGCAGAGCGAGAAGUCGCGCAGGUGCUCGAUCUCGAUCCGCUUCACGCGCACGUGAGAACAGGAGGCCUGAAAAAAGAGGAGGAUCCAGUCGCAGACGUCGUGCGGCGAAAAGAUCGAGAAGCUGGAAAAAGUCUAGAAGCCGUGCCGGGUCGUCAAGGAGAUCUUCCGUGGCCAACAAAAGACGCCGAGAAGACAAGAGCAGAAAAAAAGCGAGCAGCUGUGACCGUGAGCGCAGCAGCAACAACGAAAAGGCCGCAACCUCUUCGAAAGAGAGAACAAUUUCCAAACAGAGGAGAAAAGCGAGUAGAAGUCGCGAGGACCACGGCGCGUCUACCACGAGCAGGGGCGACGCGAAGAAAAGGCGCCGCUCCACUGGAAAGCGCUCCGUUCUGCCACCGGGUCUAGGAAACGUUGAUCCAGACGUGUAUGCCUCUGUCAUCGACUCAACUGUGGCAGACGAGGUGGACGAACGCGACUCGAGCAUUGCUGUGGAGCUGCUCGAUGGGAUCACAUCAGCGAAGAGUAUGGCAAAGAAGGAACGCGCCCAGCGUCGCAACAGACUAUUCGAGCAUCUGGUGGACCAGAGCACACUCGGUAGGGAAAAGAAAAAAAGCGUCUUCCAGGAUGCAAAGUAUCCCCUUCUUAUUUGCUUUGUUUACAACCUAUUGAAGUUGGUGCUCUAUACCUUCUUCUCGAACCAACAGACUGCCUUGUUAUCGUCCAAUUCUGUUUUUAUAUAUAAGUAGUACUCAGAAGUAUUUCCAUUUUUCAGCUGGUGAAAGUCGUGACGAGUCUGUUGUGAUGAAGUCGUGUAUUCGGUUCUUAUAUAUAUCAUUCACUGUGAUAUUUAGCUCUGUAAGUAAUAUUUUUGCCUACUCGUAGUCGUAACGAGUCGUUGUACAACUAGGACGCCGCGGCGAAGUAAGUAGAAGACGUCGGGAUGUAAGGGAAAUACCGUUGUUAUUGUUGUUGUAGAAGUAAAAGUGAAUCUAAAUGUAAAGUACUCAUCGGUAUCAGCAUCUUCAGGUCUGCCGCAAAGGGCGUUGCUGGAAGCCUGAAGCCAUUGUCAACCGUGAUUUUGGGACCGGGCAGCAAGAAGGUGGCAGAUUCUAUGAAGAAAGCGCUAGCAGAUGGCUGGCUUCGAGACGGCGUUCCUGAUCCUCUAGACAGUAACAUUCGCAUCAGGGUGCCGGCUAACCGUACGGAUUUCGUCGCAGAGCUGUUGAACAUCGACAAGUGCAGUUGGAAGAAGGCCUUUUUCGAGCAGACACGGUGCAAGACGUUUCUCGUGGGAGAUAGCGCGCAACAUGCGAAGAACAAAAAGAAUGCUAAAAUAUUGGAUUCCGGCGAUGCAAGUGGAGAUAGAAAAAGCGCUAAAAGGAGUUCUGACAGGAGAAGCCGGUCCAUUUCAAAUCGACAUGGUCGAGUGGGCAGAGGUCGUGGUAGAACAAGUCGUAGUCGCAGUCGACGAGGUGGUAGACGAGCUGGUGGCGAAGAUGAUAACGAGGAGGACAGCAGGGACGAGGCCGCGACGCUAGUUGUGCAGGGCGCAAGCUGUGAGGAGCUGCGAAAACGAAUCGACGACAUUCUCGAGCUUGACGAGCGCGGCCGCCGAGAUCUUAUAGCCGGUCAUCCACCGGUCAGUGUGGAGGCAGCAUCUAGACGAGACCAGAAAUCUUCGGGUCCUUUUGUUCAGGUGCUUGCAACUGAGAAAGCGGGAGCAUCGCUUGCGGAUAUCAAUGCAGCUGGUGGUCUACAACGUAAUGGCGUAAAUGGUGCAUCGAACAAAAAUGUUGGUACUAGUACUGCCAACAACAUGUUGUUGAUGAAUGGAAGCACUGCUUCUGUAACAGCUGGUGUGGUGACCAAUAAAGGCAACAGCGCUGGCGUUCUCAUACCUGGUACUGUAGUGGUUCCUCCGUCCUCGCACGGUGCGGGUGUCGUGCAGCGCACUGCGGUCUUGGGCGGAGACGCGCGGGACAAAGUGAAGUGUCACGAAUCGGUGGCCUUUUUCCUGAAGACGAGCGAGCACGCGCAGAUUUUUGAGCGGCACUGCAACGUCGCGGUUCAGUGCUCGCCGAGCGAGAAGGACGUCGUCUUCAUUAGCGGUACCGCUGAGACGAAGGCCAAUGCCUUGAAUGUGCUGAAGCGUGCGAUCAUGCACGCGCAGUGGGGUUCUUCUACACUGCGUUUGAAGCAACUGUUCGCUCCACGGCAGGAGCAAAAGAAAGACUCUAUUUGUUGCCGGCUCACUCCCAUGACCAACGCGCUUCCCGCCCACGAGAGUAUGCUAUCCGCGGCGAAGAGCCGGAUCAAAGUUGGCAAGGACAAAGAGAAAGUCGACCUGGUUUAAGGCUCGUCCUCCUAGUUUUCGUUCAUAUCCCAUGGCCACCAUGUGGGUGUGGACAUGGUCCACAUCCUAGGCAGUGCUGGAAAACAAAUUUUUCCACCUGUAGAUAUUCAAAGACGAGCCUCGAAGGGAACUAACCCUCCCCUUCGAGGUGAAGUCCAGCACUGUCCUUUGGGUAAAACACAUCAUGAUGUGGAUAUUAAUGAAGAACUACGACUAGUACCUCGUCUAAUUUGUGCUCGAACAUCCGGCCAUCAGUCGCCAGCAUUGCAUUAUCGACUACGAUCAUCGCAAAGGAGGUGUUUUCAUCCAUGAUUACUCGACCAACGGAACCUACCUCAACAGCAAACGGCUGCCACCAAAGGGAAAGCAGCGUGUUUUUCUCUGCCACGGUGACGAAAUCCUAUUCAAAAAUGAGCAGGGAAAGGACGAGGAAUUCGGCUACAUUGUAAACCUCGUAGCAACCGGAUGAUAAGGAACCCGUUCCCAACUAUGACUAGCGUUUUCUUGUUCUCGUAGCAGCGGGACGACUCCAGAAACCUGCUCGCGACUAGGGCCAACGGCUGUAGUUCUUGUUGUUAUGUAUUAGCUAACGUCGAUCCGCAAAUCAGUUACUUGAUGAGUAAGUACAAGAACCCAUACACACACUGUACUAGACGAGGCUACAAGAUUCAUUGAUGUAGCCCAGUGGCAGUUGUAGCGCUGACAUACCCCAUCCCCCUCCUAAAUUUAACACGCCCGGCCCGGGUUUGUGAGUUUUUCGUUUAUAAUAUGAAAAACGCCGUGUCUCCGCAGGUUACAACGUGAAAGUGUAGACGUUGAAUAAAACGUCUGCUACAGAUAGACACCUACUGCUAUAUAGGAGGCUC